CAGGUUGCAGCUUACCAGCCGAUCGUCGUUUCCCGGGGAGUCAAACAGUGGUGCUGUACAGUGCGAGUAAUCAACGGCGGACCCUAGGACGAUAAUUCCCGCUCGCAAGCAAAAGCAGACUCUUUCGUAGAUACCACAAACCCAGCGUCAGUUCUAAACGGAGAUAUUUCAGUGUGUUCGUCAGCUUUGAAGACUCUCUCUCUCUCUCUCUCUCUCUCUCUCUGACAAACCAGGAAUUUGCGUCUAGAAAACCAAUAAAGGGAAGGAGAUAAACACAAACAUGGCUUCAAGCAGCGAUAAAGAGGCUUGCGUGGCGGAGUUCCGGGUGCGAUUUCAGAACAUGACGGCAGACGAAUUUGCCGAGGCCUGGAAUAAGUAUGACAAGGAUGGAAACGGCUACAUCGAGGGUAAAGAAUUGGAAUAUUUUUUCAAGGAUUUCAUCGAAGAUAUACAAACAGAUGAGGGCCUCCAAGCAGCCAUCAACACAUACAUGAAACUCUACGAUGAGAACAACGAUAACAGGAUCGAGAUGAUGGAGUUGGCUGAGAUCCUGAAGCCAGAGCAAAACUUCUUGCUGCUUUUCCGCUCAAAGGAAGCCCCAAGAACCAGCAAAGAGUUCUACGACAUUUGGUUAAGAUAUGACGUAGAUAGAGAUGGCUUCAUCGACAAGAGUGAGCUUAAGAACUUUUUGAAGGACCUCAGUACCGUAGAACUUGCCGACGAUAAGUUGCAGACCUACACAGACGCAAUGCUCAAAUUGUUUGAUGUCGACAAAGACAACAAAUUAAGCUUCAAAGAAAUGCUAAAACUGGUGCCUGUGAAAGAGAACAUUUUCUUGCAGUUUGAGUCUCUGUUACAAGGUAAUUUACCCGAUCCAAGUAAGCACCUUCUACCCACAGGAUCACUGGGAGACAAAGGAAAGAAGGUGAAGGUGUCCAAUGAGGAGUUUCAGAGAGUUUUUAGUUACUACGACAAAGAUCACAACAACGUUAUCAGUGGUGACGAACUCACUGCUUUCCUCAAGGACUUGGUGAUUAUUCAUGCAGAACCGGGGCCAUGCCAGGAGGAGACGUUAAAAAAAUGCUCCAAGGAUAUUCUGGCAAUGGUGGACAAAAACAACGACGAAAAGAUCUCACAGAAUGAACUCAAGAUGUUUCUAGGGGUCACGACCGAGGACGCAUAGUCACCCGACCUUUGAACUUUUGAUCUUUUCACAUUUUUGUCCGUCACUUUUUGCCGAUUCCUUAGACGCAAGGGAUUGUGGGUAGAUAACGUAGUGAAUAGACGCACUUUAAAGAAAAACUUUACAGUAUUUAUGAAUGACACUAACUUAUAAAUCUCUAGCUAUAUACAUGUAGCACCUUGCCUUCAAAAUUACAUAGUAUCGACUAUAUAACGUUUCAGCCAGCCGGUUAUUCGGUUCUCAUGUUUUUUCGUAUUAAUAUUGUAGCAUUGAUAUACAUAAGAUAUAAGAAAUAUUAAUAUAAACUUUGGAAAGAGUAACUUUUAUCUAUCUUAGGUAUUGUAGGCCUUGAGUUGCAUAAAUAUACUAGAUUUCAGCAUUUAAUAUUGUAGCGUAUAAUUAGCGAUCAUCAUAGAAGCUGAUUGGUUGAGUGGGCGGCUUUGUUCUUUCAAAUAAAGUGACGUCAUCUCCUACUUGUGCACAAGUCGAUUAUUUGGUCUGCUUGACGCAGUUGCUAGUUUUGAUGGACAUUCAAAGUCUCACGUUGAUUGUACCAUACCAGAGCCAAAUCUCGCACAGCUUGCGAGAACCUGAAGCAUUAUUGUUAAUAUUACUUUUUUUUUUAUAUAUAUCAUUAGAAAGCUGGAAAAACCUUCUUUUGUUUUUACAUUCUCAAAAUUCCCUUUUUAUGCACAGUUAUACCUUUUUUGCACCGUUUUGAUGUUGUCGCGCAUAAUAAAGUGUACUUUUAAAAAUUAAAAUAUUUUACCCAUCGCUUUCUAAGUGUUUAAUUAAUUUUUUUCUAAACAAAAUUUAUAACGAUAUACUGAACUUAUUUUAUUUCCCACAUGUACAACUAGUGACGCGAAAGUGUAACAAUUCAAAUCACUUUCCAGAUCAAUUGAAUUAAUUGCACAUUCCGAUGGUUUCGUACCAAGAUUGAGUGUAUACCAAUUUCAACCAACUUAAACCAGUAGUGCACACACACGCCCGUUUUGCACAAUUGUAUACAUUUCGUGACAACGAUCUAUUGUUUUUGAGACUCUUGUAUAACACACUUUUGGUGUCAUGUGACCCAUUAUAGUGAUAUCAUAACUAAAUGAAAUCAAUGUUGACUGCGAAUAAAGAACACUCAAAGUGCAGCCAGGUUACUGGAAUUUAUUUGUCCCUUCAUUCCUCACGAAUCAUCAUUCCAUAAUAUUUUGUAUGCAUUUGAUACUUUGUUUCCUUGAAGGGUAUUCAAUGUAGGCCUAUAUCAGUUUCUAUAUGUAAUGUGUUACAAGGCGCAUGCCAUGCUGAAGUUAUCACUCAAAACUACCACUGUGUGUGUUUAUUAGCUUGUUACGCAUAUUCAAGACACUAAGGUUCACGAUUGGUCGCCGUUUGCUCAAAGUAAAUUCAGAAGCACAACGGUUAAUCAUUAAGGUGCACAAAUUUUCAAAAUAUCUAACGAACAAAGCCGAAGAAAAUUGAAAUUGCUUUGGAGUUCAGGAUUACGAAAAAAAUCUUGGAAAUUUCAAAAUGUUGACAAAGCGAUUGGAGGGAAGACUAAUAAUUGCUGAUGAAGCAACUGGAGGGAAGGCUAUUAGAUGCAUUAUCGUUGAUAAAUUUACAGUAAGCGUACAACAAUUCAACCUCGCCAUCAUUUCCGCCGUGGUGACACUGAGCUGUAGAUUUUGCACACAAGACUCAUUUCACAUGGAAGAUGCGGGCGCCUGAAUGAAUUAACGAGCCUUGAGCCCGAGGCUACAACGUCUGCCAGCAGUGACGUUUCCAUAGAGUCGGGGGUCUAGCCUUCUCUCGGGUUUUCCCGAGUGUCGGUAAUGGUGUCUUGGGACCUCUCACAGCCUAUAGACCUAUGUUGUAAAAUGUAGAAUUUCUAAACCUUUUAUAAUCAUCUAACACACACACAUUAGUGACAUGGAUUCGGAAUUAACAUCACAGUUCGUGUAUAAUUUAAAAUAAUAAAACAUGAGUGAUUGUAUAUUUAAAUUUAACGUAACUUUUGCAAAUGUAUUAACAUUUUAAGCUUCACUGUAUUUCGGAGUAAACUUAUGGAAUAUUGACAACGGUGAAGCUAUUGUGGAAUCCUUUAUACGCAGAAUAACCAAGUAUAGUACCAUUUUGAUUUCACAUUCACUAUACCCUAUGAAGACCAAGAACAAAACAGAAGUGGAAACUCAAAGGUCAAAUAUGAAUUCUCAGACUGGUGUACUCCAUAAGGAAUUGUGUGUACAGAGUCUAUUGGAUGUUCUUAACUACAGGAAAGAAAAUUUAUAUAUACAUGUAUAUCUACAGGGAUGCACAAAAUUGAAUGUGUGUAAUUAAGAUAAUGACUGGACACUGAAAACGAGGCUUAUGAACCUCGUUUGCGAGGCACAUCUUUCUGUCCCACCCAGAUCUCGUUAGUUACGCAAACACGUGAAUAAUCCAGGGAGUGGCAAAUAACUGAUGAAACUAUACACGGCCUGAGGCCAGCGGAUAGGGGCACCUUGGGUCAGUAUUAAGGACAAAGUUCAGGCUCACCAAAACCACGAUUGCUAUUACAUGAUUUGUUUUUCCUGUUGUGAUUAAUGAUAAGUGUGUAUCAGUGCAUCCAAGUCAUCUCCGAGAAUCCCAGUUAAAAAAGGUUCAUGACACAAAGCAGCCAGGAGAAAUCCCAGUUUAGAAAGUUAACGACAUGAAAUGUGUUUCUGGUAAUCCGUGUUUAAAGGUAUUGACAAUAGCUAAAAGGUAAACUUGUAUACAAUAUCAUCAAAAUGGAAACAAUGUGGAAUACCUUGACAAAUCUAAGUAAAUACUAUUUAUCUUUUUUGAUCAUUGUAAAUGUGAAGGACGAACAAACUCUAGGCGAGUUGCCUUUCUCGCUGUUGUGAGCGGAAUAAAAUGAUGUCUUUAAAUCUUCA